UUGCAGUGCAGUUACGCCCCAGUUCGAGGUCCGUACUCAACAGAAGUUAAAGUGUUGAUUCGAGAACUGCUACAGCUUGAUCCCGUGGCCCGACCACGUGCCGCUGACGCACUUCGGAUGCUUCGUCCGCAUAAUAGUGCUCUGAGCGUUACUUCACAGCUUGCUCAACGUGCAGCAAGUUCGACCUUAUAUGCGCUAGAUCCAAGUUCAAUCACCCUUCGACCUGUAGAGGACCUUCCAAAGAGGAUUGGAAUCAAAAAGGUUGCUAUUAGCUGCACUCAUAGCAUGAUACUGACAUUUGACAAUGAAGUAUUUGCGUGGGGUUGCAAUGAUGUUGGUCAAUUAGGUCUUGGUGAUCUUAUUGAACGCAGUUCCCCUGAAAAAGUCAAAGCUCUCAAAGGUAAGGACGUCCACUCUAUCGCAGUUGGGAAUGGAUUCAGGCGAAGACGAUUGCUUGCUUAG